AUGGACGAACCAUCUGACGAUACAUCCUGCCCCCCUUGCCAACCUAACGGCACCGACGCCGCCGCCACGCAGACGCCGCACAGUGACGCCGUCGCCAACAUCCUCGCCACUACCCCGGAUUGGCGUACGCAAGCGGGUCCCUCCCCAGCCGCAACCGCGGGGGAGAUUCGGGGUCAAGCCGCACCUCAAGCCGCAAACGCGGGGCCUCAGCAGGGUCAAGCCGCAGCGGGGCAUCAAGCUCAAGCCGCAUUCCCAGCCGCAACCACGGGGCAGCAAUUCGGGGUCCAAGCCGCAGCAGCAGCAGGUCAUCAGGGUCAAAUUGGCGGCCACUCCUCCCAGAUCGGGGGGUUCCAAAAUGGAUUCGCAAACACCACCACCUCCUUCACCUUCACCACCGGCACCACCUCCUCCUCCGCCUUCGCCACCACCACAUCCAACCAAACCGCAGCAAUCGCGAACCAAUCCCGCACCCGAUCCCGCACCCUCGCAACCACCGAUUUCAACACCCCCCACCCAACCUACCACGCGCACCCCUCCCCCUUCGCCGCCACCACACCCGCUGCCCGCCCCAUCCCCCGAAUCGUCAUCACCACCCCAGACAUGCGCACCCACGCCCCGGACUCCCCGACCCUCCACCGCGCCCGCCAACCCGCGCACCGCCGUCUUCGUCGUCACGAACUGCAAAACCGUAUCGCGGAACACGAGCAGCGUAUUCGCGAGAUGAGCGAUGAAGCAGACGCCCAAGAGAUGGUCACCGAGGCGCUGUGGGUGGAGAAUGAGAAGUUGAAGAGGAAGAUUAGGGAGUUGGAGGGGGAGGGGGAGAGGAGGGCGGGGGAGCUGGAGAGGGUUAGGGAGAUGGCGGGGAGGGAGACGGAGAGGGCGGCGUGGGCGGAGGGGGUGUUGAUGUUGUUGGAGGGGUGGGGGGAGGGAGAGGGAGAGGGGUGGGGAAGGGUGGAUGGGGGGGAGGAUGGGGAGGAUGGGGAGGGAGGUGGGGAGGAGUUUAUGGAUUGUGAGUAAGGGGUGAGAGGCUGGGGCACGUGAUUUUGUCUUCUAGCGACCUUCGCAGUCGGUGUUUGGGGGGGGACUUGUAUAUUAUGGAUGGAUGAUCAGGAACUGGGUGUGGACAUGGGUAUGAUGAGUAACUAGGCAUGGAGAUGGGGAUGAUGGGGUUUCGGGGUAGGGAUAUCAACUUUGAGUCUUUGAGAAGUAUAGGAGAAUGGAACUCAAUGAAAACAGUGUAUAUGCGUUGUUUGGUGAUUGCCACGGGUUCUUUGAGCGUGAGGG